ACAUCCAGUGCAUUUCAAGAUUUGGUGUCAGGUCACAGACAUCAGGAGCCAAACAAAAAUUUAGCAAAUGCUUCCCUAUCAUCCAGUAAGCAGCAGGAAAGUCUCGGCAACAGUUCUCUGGUCCUUGCAUCUUUGAAGGCUUUGCAACCUGCAAACAUGGAAGGAAGCGCAAGAAUUGGAAAGGAGAACAGACAUGAUGCCACUGAAAAACAAGCACCUAAUACAGCAAUGCUCUCCUGCAAAAACAUGGGCAGUAUGUGGGAUCUGACCAGUCUGCACAGAUUUCUAAACAAAUCAGGGACAGCAGAAAUCUUGGCAAAGACAUGAGUUCACUCACUUCUGAGGCCUUUACAAACAAUUCUUCACCUGGAAAUUUAAAUAAUGGGGAUGAUGGGGGAGAAGAUGAGGUGAAGGUUGUGGAAGAUGAGGCGAAGGUUGUGGAAGUCAACAAAGCACAUGGGCAGCUGUCUAGACAAUGGAACAGUCCGCAGCUAACAAGCAGCCAGCAGGACAGUACUAUCAGUGAAGAUAUUUCUUUGUCAACAGUUUUCAACACCAACCAUAGUAACAUUCACGAUGAAGAUGACAGUCCAGGUGAAUCUGAAGCUUUACAAACCAACGAUGGCAAUCAGGGACUUUCCCAGUGGCACCAAAAUCCAGACCAAGAUUUCUCUUCUUCUGAGGAUGGUGAGCCUCACACUGGGGCAGAAAAUGCUAGAGGUAGUGAUGAAACAAUGCAAGAUGGUGAGAAGCCUUCUGAUUCAGAUGACCUCCAGAAUUACAAUGGUGCUAAAAAUGAUGAUGAUGAUAAAGCGUUGAGCAGGGAAAACGCAAGUGACACAGACUCCAUGCAAGCCAGUGGAAGCAUGGAAAAUAACAAUGAUGGACUUGUUGAUGUGAAUGAUGAGAGCAAGAUGUUUCAUGAUAUGAUGUCUAAUACAAGAACAGAUCAAACAGACAAGGACAGCACGGACCAAGAUAGCAAUGCAAAUCCUGCUGAGAUUCGUUCUUCCACCAAUAGUGCUAGUGAUGAAGACACCGAUAACAAAGAGAAUUUAGAGGUAGGAAAGGAAGAUUUAGUUAAUUUGGAGGCGAAAUCUGAACUUAGCGAAACCCAUUCACUGGAUUCACAUGAUCUUUCAUCUGAUGAACAUCUCUCAGAAUACCCACAGCAAGGCUACACACAAAACAGCCUGAUGCCCCUUGAUCGAAAAAAGCGCCAAAGUUUUGAUGAUGUUCUGCUUUACCUGCUGGAUGACUUGGCUGCAAAGAAAGAAAGCAGUAAGGGUAUGCUGAGCACUCUUCUGCAAAGAUUUAAAGAUAAGCAACAGCUGUAUAUGAAUGGUACCACCGGCAACCACAGCAACAUCACGGUGAGCAGUGUGCCAGGAAACGCAUCAGUGACUGAACAGAAUGAACUGACUAACAAUGGGGACGAUGAAAGAGUCAUGAUGCUGGGCUACAGUAAUGCUACAAAUGUAAGCAUGGAAGAGAUUGAGAAAGAGGCAGCAGCAGGUACCAAUGCACUGCAGAGUUCUGCCACAACAGAAUCUGCUGAAUAUAGAUCUUUAAGCACUGACGUGCCUGGACCAUCUGACCAGACCAUACAAAGCCAUGAAGGAUCAAGGACUCCUUACCAGGAUGAGCUAUCAAGCCAGAUGUACAAAUCAAACACGAAUCAAGAUCAGAGACAGAAUGAAGACAAACCUGCUGAUUCCAAAGCUGGUCAAAAUCAGAGGGUCCAAGAAAAGCUUGAGAGAGGCCAGAAUCAAGGUGAUAGUAGUGACAACAGAGGUCAUGUUACCAGCAACAACCACAGCAACAGACACAAUAAAACCAUUGACAAUGAUGAUGGAAGUGAUGAUGAUAAACCAACUAAAACAGCAGAAACAGAUACUGAUAUAGCAAAAGCAUUGAUGACGAAGAUGAUACUAUGUCACAGCAAUCCUCAUCACAGGAGUCUAUUGAAUCCAGAGCCAGUGUGCGACUCCAACGCUCACCUUAUUUUCCCAGCUAUGCUACUGGCAGCAGAAGCAGGCAAAGCAGCAAGGAGAAGAUAAUGGUAUAUGCAUUGAAAAGCAGACAAGCACGCAGCAUACAAGCUUAUCCUCCCCAUGUUUUACAAAAAGGUCCCAUUAACACACAUCAGAAAUCCUGGCACAGUAAUGACAGAACCAUGUUGUCAGGGCCCUGGAAUGAUGCAUCCCAACAGAUGUCGUCAUUCGGAGGCAGGGACGUCCUUGCUGAAGACUCAGGUCACAAUGGGGGAAGUACCAAAAGGCUCCUGACAGCCUUCCUCCUGGCUCUCUUUGGUCCCCAAAGUCAACAGGGGAAUGGAGAGGAACAGGAGAUGGAAGAACCCGAAGAACAAGCUGUGGAAGACAGCGCAGCCACCACAACACCAGUUUUGCGACCUGAACAAGUGCAAACUUUGCAGGACUCUAUUGUUCGUUUCUGGAGGCUUCUUACCAGGGCUAGUGAAGAUUCAUCUGCAUCUACCACAGCGACACCCACAUCACCAGCAGCUGAUGAAGCUGCACCAUCAUCAGAGUCAGAAUCCACUUCAACAUCACUAAAGCCUUCCUUUCUGCCUGAAGCUGCUGACAGACAGCCUAGCAACUACUAGACCACCAGACAGUAUUAGCAGAUGCCACUUGACACCUCCACUAUCUUAUCCUAAGACAAUAACACUUCUCAAGCAAGAUUCACCAGCAUUUCCAGGGUUAAACCUAUUCAAACCAUUCUUAAGACACACAAAAGGUUCUGAAUUAAUUUGCUAUUAAAUAGUGCUAAAAUCAGUCCAGUAUAUCAUAAAGUAUAUUGUAUGAACUAUCCCUUCCCCCAAAAUGUUACAUUCCAUAAAAACAAAAACACCAAAUAAAGAAAUGACAGAACAGCUACACAUGUAAAUGAAAAUGGUAAGCUUCAAUAAUGAUGCCUGGUGACUAUGGGAAAGAAGAACAAAAAUACUCGCCCCUGAAUGCAUGUGACCUUUGACUUAUUCCUUUCCCUAAAAACGAAUCUCGAUGUGCAUAACCCCUAGCUUUAGCCUGUACAGUAAAAUGUUGUAUUCCUUUACCUCUAGAGCUUCAUUUUAGGUCUGUUUUCUUCAGCGACAAUGACAUGAAGUAAAGUAGUUUCUCUAAAUCAAUAACUAAAUCUGCAACCUGUCUGAGCAGUACUGCACAGUUCAACUACAGCAACUUUCAAAGAGCAGUACUAGACUGGUAAGCCAAACAAAACAGAAUAAAAAGCUAGAGUGAGCAGAAUUAAAAUCAAUUAUAUUAACUGCUUUUUUAAAUUAGCAACAUUUUUAUUAAAACUGUUUUCCAAUUUGAUGUAAAGCUCUUCACUAUAUGAAGCAUUGCUUUUUUUUCUACACAUCUUUUACCUCCCUAUUUUGCUGACCAGUUGAUAUGACAUUAAUACACUACAGUCAUGAUGCAGUAAAUAGCCUGGGUCUAAUCUUAAAUGUUUAGGCAAGAAAAACUAAACUGUGGAAAAUUUUAAUCAUUUUCUCAAUAUUUUGUACUUUCCAUUUACCCAUAACAGUUAAAGAAAUUAAACAAAAUUCAGCUCAAAAGCAAUUUCAGUUAUAAAACUCUGUAUUGUGUACCGGACACCCUAGAGACUCAGCUACACUUAUCAGAGAAGGACAGAUCAUGAAUGAAAGGCUGGUCAGCAGUGUUACUUCACACCUCCACCUCACCCUUAUGACAAAAUUGGUCAAGGGACUAAACUGACUAGAUUUUUUAAAUGUCAGAAUGAAUGUGAGUGUAUGCUGUACAUGUGGACUGACUAGCUAAUACUAAUCAUAGCUUUUGACCACACAAUAUUAUCUUCUACGACUACUGUUGUGGAGUUUCACACCUCACAGAACCCAUACAGGUAUAACAUACAGUCUCCCUUCACAAAUCAAGUUACAUACAAAAGCACAGCUCUACAUUUAGAAACAUAGAAAACUAUUCUAAUUCCUUAAUUAUAAACUGAGAGAACUGCCCGUCAACAGUUUUAUGUUUCCCAUGUUAUUAACUCUUCACACUUACAUCUCAUUUGUGUCAAUUGUCCAUCUUGAAUGAGUUAACAAACAAUGAUAAGCUAGUGGUGUUAUUUUUAUACUCAUUCCAUUUGGUUUUAGUAGGACUGUUUAUUUUUUCAUAAUGUUUUUUUGCUAACAGCUACUGCUACCUACUUCGCACAGUCAGCAGUUUUCAAAGAUUAACAGAAAAGUGUCAAUGAUGAUUUUACAGAAGUCCAUCAUGAAUGGACAUAAUGUGUACAACAUCUGUCAGUCAGCAAUAUCACAUUGUUUUAAAAAAAGUCACCACUGCAUGUUAUUUUUUCCCUUCCAGUAUUAUGUUGUUAUUAUGUAAUAUUAAGUAUGCCAUGCAUGUACGCUGCCCUCCUAUUAAACUGUGUAAACCACUCAUUGUAGCAAAUGCUUAUAAAGUAUAAACUAAUGACUGAAUCCAAUACCUGUAUCAGUAUUACAUGUACAAACCUAAGCUAUAAAUGUUUUAGUAAAAACUAGCAAAAUUAUUUUGCAUGCCUUACACAUGCAAUGAGUAAGUUUUAACUCCUUUCAGACAGAAACACGCGAAGACAAAAGGGCAUCACUUUUUUUGAAGUAACAGCCACUCCUGCUGAUACUUAAAUUGAAUGUACCUGGGUGCACAGUAAACCCAUGAGAAUGACCAUUAGCUGUCCUAAAACAAGAUGAUGUGAUCAAAAUAAGGUGAGCUAUUCUGCUCCAUGAAGUCUAACAUUUUUAAAAUCUAUGUAAGGACACAAAAAUCUAACAUGAUGUAUCCCUGAAAUGGGUGUGGGUAGUACACAAAAUAUUGAUCUUGUAAACUAUUUCUAGACUCCCCACACUGUUACAGUCAGCCCCACAUAAUAAAAGAUGGCUAAAAUAGUUCCAUCCCAAAGUGCCCAUGGGAAACUUUUACAUGCACUUCUAAAUGCACUCCCAAGUGAACUGAGCAGUGUAUGUCAUCAAUAAAGAAAAGACAAAGGAAUGUGUGCAAAAUGCAGAUAAAUGUUUGACAAAGACUUACUCAUACUCAUAAGAGAUAUACACUUUAAAGUCUUAAUCUACCAUUGUAUCAUUUAUUUUUGGAAAUAAACAUGUCAAAUUAUUCCUGCAA